GUGUUUGUCGGUCAGUCGGUGAUGAAUUGUUGCUGAGAAAAAUUCUAUAUUUUUUUGCUAAAAAGCCAAAAAUCCGAGUUUAUGCCUAAACCGGAGUAUAGUUUUUGUUUAUUCAAAAUUUAUCUAAAAUAAUUAAUGUUUCAAUGAGUGAACUAACAUUUUAUUGAUUAUUACCUUUCAUAAAAAGUGUUUUUGUAUAGUACUCUUAUCAGUAAUCACCAUCAAUCAUUACGGUUUGGAUAUUGUGAAUUAAUCAACAUUUGAGAUCUUAAACCUUAUUUAAAUAAGUGAACAAAUUUCAAAGUUACUUCAAGUAAAACCAUAUUUCAUAUACUGUGUGAAUUUUAUUUCUGAUCAUUUUGGCUUCUAAGAACAAAACUUCAGUCGUAUGCCUCAUAUUAACCCUAGGAUGACAUCUAGAGUGUCCUCCUCCAUUUUCUUUACAGUGGAGGUGGGCGAUACAAAGUUCACUAUUUUGAAACGAUAUCAAAAUUUAAAACCAAUUGGAUCUGGAGCACAAGGCAUAGUUUGUUGAAUUUGAGGUGUUCCACAAAAUGCUCGGAACACAAUCAAGGUUUGUCCAAAGACCUCAAAAUAAACCAGACACUAUGACUGAAUUAGCUGAUAUGUUCUACACUUUAGUGUUUGGUGAUACUGAAUUUUCAGUUCCCAGACGAUAUGUUGAUCUUGUACCCAAAGGUUUAGGUGCCCAGGGCAUGGUGGUUGCGGCCAUGGAUACUAUUACUCAACAAAGUGUUGCUAUUAAAAAACUAUCCAGACCAUUUCAAAAUGUAACGCAUGCAAAAAGAGCAUAUAGGGAGUUCAAACUUAUGAAAUUAGUGAAUCAUAAAAAUAUUAUUGGUUUACUAAAUGCCUUCACACCACAAAGAACAUUAGAUGAUUUUCAAGAUGUGUAUUUGGUAAUGGAACUCAUGGAUGCUAAUCUAUGCCAAGUAAUCCAAAUGGACCUUGAUCAUGAACGAAUGUCAUAUCUUUUAUAUCAAAUGUUAUGUGGAAUUAAACAUUUACACUCAGCGGGAAUUAUUCAUAGAGACCUUAAACCUAGUAAUAUUGUUGUGAAAUCUGACUGCACCUUAAAGAUUUUGGAUUUUGGAUUAGCUCGAACAGCUGGAACUACAUUUAUGAUGACCCCAUAUGUCGUUACUAGAUACUACCGUGCUCCAGAGGUAAUUUUAGGCAUGGGUUAUAAGGAAAACGUUGAUAUUUGGUCAGUAGGUUGUAUUAUGGGUGAGAUGAUAAGAGGUGGCGUAUUGUUUCCUGGAACUGAUCAUAUAGAUCAAUGGAAUAAAAUUAUAGAACAAUUGGGCACACCAUCACAAGAAUUUAUGAGAAGGUUACAACCAACUGUGAGAAAUUAUGUAGAAAAUAGACCUCGUUAUCCAGGUUAUUCAUUUGAUCGAUUAUUCCCUGAUGUACUAUUUCCAUCAGAUUCCUCUGAACAUAAUAAACUAAAAGCAAGCCAAGCACGUGACCUUUUGUCUCGAAUGCUAGUUAUUGAUCCAGAAAAGCGUAUAUCUGUUGACGAUGCAUUGCUACAUCCAUAUAUAAAUGUUUGGUAUGAUGAAAGUGAAGUAAAUGCACCAGCACCAGGACCAUGGGACCAUUCAGUAGAUGAACGUGAACAUACUGUUGAUCAAUGGAAAGAGCUUAUCUAUCAAGAAGUUAUGGAGUAUGAUCCAACUACUGCAGCAGCAGCUUCUGCUAAUGAACCACAACCGAUCCGAUAAACUCCACUGGCAUAGUUUACCUCCGUCCAAUGUCUGACAACUGUGUCAUAAGUAUAGUAUUAAUAAAGUUGUAGGUAUAGUCUUCCAUAACUUGAAAGUAACUUACAUUUUUAAUUCCUUUUGAAAUGGACGAAAUUUCUACAAAAAUGAAAUCAUUAUGUAACUAUAGCUGUACUUUAUAAGUAAAUUUUGAGAAAACUUAUCCACAUUUUGGAAUUUUUUUACAGAAAUUUUCUUAUGAGAAAAAAUAUUCAAGAUAAAACAAAUUAGAUAUUAACGGUUGUGAGUUUUUUUUUUUUGUCUAAUUAGAAUGUUUAAAUAAAAUUAAGCUCGCUGUAAAUUUAUAUAAAUAUAUAUAUAAGGGCAUCCCUAUUAAUCUGUAAAUUAAGGUUUAUACAUAAGUAAAUUAUAAAAUAAUUAUAUAUAGUAUAAAUAAUGUAAAAUCUUGACUAUUCUCACCCUUGCAGACCAAUUUGUGUCAGAAUGUAAAAUGUAAUGUAGUUAUAUUUAUAUAUGAGAUACUUUUCUCUGUUUUUUUCCGUUAAACUUAUGAUUGGUAAAAACAUUGAUCUCAAUAUAAACUUAUUACCUAUUGUUUAACUAAAUCUAUUUUAAGUACAACAAUUCUAUGUUUUGAUAGAAGCAGAUAAUCUUAAUUUAUUAGUAAUAUUCAUUGCAUAUACCUUAAUUUAGUCAAUUGUUUUUCCACCAUCUUUUAUAAUUAGUUGAAUUUGAAUUUUUGUCAUACUAAAUUUUAUACGCACAGUUUAAAACUGCAUUCUUAGGUCUGUAAGGGUAGAUUUAAACUGUUGGGAUGUUAAGCCUUUUUUUAGAACUAGGCUUAUUAAGUACUGUAAAACUAUAAAUACCUUUGUAUUGUAUUGCUCAUACAAUCAUGAGCUAUGAUAUUUAUAUGAAUAUCAAAAAUAAUAAUAAUUAAAUAUUAUUUAUAAUGAGAAAAAAAAAUAAAAAAAAAAUAUAGAUUAUA